AUUUCAUUCCAAAUGGUCCGAGUCAUAAUAGUCCUGGGCCAACUCUGUGAUUGCUUGGUUCGUGGAACGGCUGCUCACACCUGACAUGGUCAUGGAGUGGCAAAAGAGAAACCUAGGAUUUUCACCGCCUCUGUUUAUCACUGUGUAGUUGUACACUUGUACAUAUAUGCCCUAGCACCGGGCGGUGUGGGGCGGUGCUGGGCGCAGCGCAGAAGCUCUGCUGCGAGUGGUGGUGGUUGCAUCUGCAGGCUGGGGACCAAUCAUCCCAAUCAGAGGGAAGAUCUUUUCUCACUCUCUAGUUUCCAUGGAGAUUUACUGAUCAGUAGAAGCUCCGAAGCACAAAGCCUUAGAACUCUUUCUACAGUAUACAAUCUCUACUUAUGGAGGAGCAGCAAGAAUCAGUUGUACCUCCAAACACUGAUCAUGAUCACUCAAAACAAGCCUCUCUCUGUGAAGAAUGCAGCUUAAACCCAUCAAAAUACAGAUGCCCAGGUUGCUCUUUUCGCUCUUGUAGCCUUCCCUGCGUCAAAGCUCACAAGCAACGCACUGGUUGUACAGGGAAGAGACUCAGAACUCAAUUUGUCCCUCUUUCCCAAUUCGAUGACAAUCUCCUCAUCUCUGACUACAAUUUCCUGGAGGAAGCAAAGAAGGCUGCUGAAUCUGCGCAGAGAAUGCGACGUGGGAAGUUCGGGAGUUUCCAUUUCAAGCUGCCCUUUAAGCUGAGGAUGCUUCGGAAUGCAGCAGGUCGCCGUAAAACGCGACUUCUUCUUCUCCCGGAAGGAAUGUCGAAGAGGGAGAAAAACCAGUCACGAUAUGACCAAAAGAAGGAUUCCAUUUUCUGGACGAUUGAGUGGCGUUUUCGGUCAGCAGAUGUUAUACUAAUUGACCAUGGGGUAGAUGAAAACACGAAUCUCUGCUCCAUAAUUGAGAAACAUCUGCAGCCUGGACCUUGGAAUCAUCAGUUAAUGCCAUUCUGUAGGGAGUUUGAAAAUCUCAGGUUCUUCAUCAUUAAAAACCCUAAGGGACCCAAAUCACAUUUUCAUCAAUUGGACAUGAAGGCCCCAUUAAGGCAACAGUUGGCUGAUAUAAUUGUCAUUGAGUACCCUGUUGUUCAUAUUUUUCUCCCUUCAGAUGGACCUGACUUCGAGAUUAUUAAAGAUGCAAAAGCAAUCCCUCAGAAAUUGGAAAAUAGGUUAUCUCCUAAUGAUGAACGAAGCCCAAAAGGUGUCCUCUUCAGGGAGGAGGAAAUAGAAGACGAUGGCAUCAGUGAUCCACAGAUUUUAGAUCUUUUGGAGUAUAUGAAUUCAGAACCUUUGGAUAAUUUGCAAGUUGUCAAUGGGAGAACUGAUGGAGAAGUUAUUUCUUCCGGUUCACAGUUGGCAGAAGUUUCCCGAGAUCUCACACCAUCAUUGAAAAAUGAAUCACAAAUGUGUAGAGGAGACAAAGUUACUUUGAGUUCCAGUUUGAAGGGAAUAGGAAUCGGCGAAAACAUGGGUUUUGAUUUUGACCAGGAUCUAAAGGAUGUUUAUUCAGGUCUUAUGGAGCAAGCUAACCCUGAUGGCUUUCUUGACCUGGAAGGUGGUUCUAUCAAGGAAGGGUUUCCAGAGGGGAUAAGAGAGUCCAUUGAUUUUAGUGGAGUUUUUUCACUGGAAGAUGAAUUAGAAGAAGGGGAGAUUCUGGGGGGUCUGAGGAAUGGACAUUUAUCUUCUCCAAGUUGAGUGGAACUGCAGUUCAGCUACUGCAAGUUGGGUUUAACUGUGUUCCCUUUUUUUUUUUUUUUUUUUUUUUCUGUAAAAGUGUUCCUUUGAUGUUGAACACAAAAUCAGGGUUGCAUAGUGUCUUGCAAAGACUUCUCACAAAGGUUUGGGUUUUGUUUAUUGGCCCUUUUUUGUCCCUUUUUUUUUGUCCCUUAAUUGUGGUGUGGCUCCACUGGUCUAAAGGCACUAUGUGUUAACAGACAUUUUCAGCUUGCGUGUCUUUUCACGAUUGAUCUAUUACACAGGUUAGGUGUGGCUGCGUGCAAUUGGGGUUUAA